CACAGUUUGCGGAAGGGAAUAACAAAACCGUCCUCUUGACUUCCGUUUGAAGACUUCGUGCGAAGUUUUCCGAAAUGAGACACACAGAAGCUGUUCUCUGUUUGAAAGUGUCCCUGUUCCUCGUCGUCGCUCGCGCUGGGGAUGUGUUUGGACGGCAAGAGUGGCCCGUUCCGUACAGACGCUUUGAUCGACGGCCCGAUGUGGAUUCUUACUGUGAGGCCGUAUACCCCUUCUGCCCCACCGGUGACAGAGAUGGGCGCAUUCCUUACUUGAGGGACACUGAUGUUAUUUCAGUUUAUCGACUGCAAGCACCAGUCUGGGAGUUUAAGUAUGGCGACCUGCUGGGGAAACUUCAUAUCAUGCAUGACGCUGUUGGAUUCAGCAGCUCGGAGACCGGGGUUAACUACACCAUGGAGUGGUAUGAAUUGUUCCAGCUGGGCAAUUGUACUUUCCCUCACCUGCGGCCGCAGAUCAGCGCACCUUUCUGGUGCAACCAGGGAGCUGCCUGCUUUUUUGAGGGCAUAGACGACGCACACUGGUCACAGAAUGGCACCUUGGAGAAAGUUGGCGAAAUCACCGGGGGCCAGUUCAAUGACAUGGCCCAGUGGGUGCAGGAUGACAAUGAGACGGGGAUCUAUUACGAGACGUGGACGGUGGUCUCAGACCCAAGCCCGAAUGCCACCGUGUGGUUCGAGUCUUACGACUGCUCCCAGUUUGUCCAUCGCACAUACCGGAAAUUAGCUGAGCUGGGGGCAAAACUCUCCAGCCGAUCUCAGACCAACUACACCAAGAUCUACCUGUACAGCGGAGAGCCCACCAACCUGGGGAACGACAGCAGCAUAUUUGGACUGCCGUCCAUGAAGAACCUGGCGGCAGACAUCCAGAAGUUUUACUACACCUUCAGACCGCACCAGUCAUAUGUGGACUUCGCCAUCAGUUUGCUGGAGGCCUAUAAAAAGGUGGUGUUGGACAAGAUUUUCUAUCUCUAUUACAACUUUGAGUACUGGCAACUGCCGAUGAAACCGCCCUACGUGCGAAUCACAUAUGAGGAAGUGCCUUUACCCUGAUGAGUGAUGAGAGACACAAAGACAAGAGACUCCAAUAUCUCCCGAGGUGUAACGUGGCGUCGGUGCAUUAAAUGCAUCAGUCACUUAAUGAAUUUUUUUUUCAGGGAAGAAUUUUCCUUCACCUCUGUUCUUUUUCAUGAGAGUCUUCCUUCCUACAUAAAAACUGUUUACUGAAUAAAUGCAAUUCUAAAGCAUGACGCUGCGUUCUGUGACGCCACAUUGAGUCAGGGGUCAAGAUGAUGGCCUCUCUUGGUCUGUACAGCUUAAAUAAAGGAAUCCUUUAUCUUCUAAAUACUGUAAAUUAUAAACUCAAAACUCAGUUUGAGUUCUUUAUCUUUUACAGGCCAAAUCCCUGAUUUCUCAGGAGGACGUCUGUAAAAACCAUUUGUCUGAGCGGGUUUAGGUUUAAAAAGCGCCGUAAAAGCUUUAUUCCUAAUUUCAUAAACACUGCAGUGAAAAACAUUUGAUUUCAUGCGAUAGGAAAAUCAAAUUCAAAAAAGUUAAUCUUUAAGAAUUGUUGAGGAUGGUACCGAAUAAACCUGAAGAUUAUCGUUCAAAUCUUUUUGAUGCUGUCGCUGGUGUAGUUAAUCCAUACAAGUACAAAUUGAACAUCCUUGUAGUAUUCUUGAAUGGUUGGACUUUACCAGGAAAAAUGAUGGGGUGCACUGUUUUCCAUCUUCAUAGCAGCCAAAUGAGGAAGAAGGCAGGUAGUGUUGAGUUUGAAGAAGUGAAGUUGUGUCUAACAAGCAGGUAUGACGGAACAAGCUGGUAGAAGACCUUUACCAACAGAUAGUAAAACCGGGUUCAACCAGGUUGUAUGUUUGUUUGUGACACAACAGCCCUGCUGACUCUCAUUCAUUUGGAAUGGAACUCACAACACUCACCUCCCCCCACCACCUACGUAGG